AAUGUGCGAUUUUAUUUAGAUAACCAUAGGUAUAUUCGUGGAUACUUUCGGAGGUGUUUAUAUACCUAAAGAAAGCAGAGCUGCGGAAAAAGGAUGUCUAGUUUUUUGCGACGAUCUCUCCCUUUUCGUCUCGCUGCAAAUCCCGGAGCGCUGCAAGAAGCUGAGAGGAGGAGGAACUGCAAGGCUGGGGUCGCGCGCUGCUCCUUCUCCUCCUACACGAGCGGCGCGACGGCGGAUCUGUACGCGCUGCUUGGCGUGAGCUCCGGCGCCGACGCCUCGGAGAUCAAGAGCAGCUACCGCAAGCUCGCGCUGCGCUACCACCCCGACGUCUGCCCGGCUGGCGACCGCGAGCAAUGCUCCCGGAUGUUCAUGCGCGUCCAGGAGGCGUACCAGGUGCUGUGCGACCCGGAGCAGCGCGCGGGCUACGAUCUGGCGCUGGUGCGCGGAUCGGGAUCGUUCCAGCGGCGAUCAUCCAGCAGCGUGUCAUGGCGAGCGCAGGUCGAUGCGAUGAGGAGGCGACGCCCCAAGAGUGGAUCGUGGGCCGCGACGAUGCGGACAAACUCCGCGCCGCUAGAGCAACAAGAAGUUGUGUUGUAAACUCUUCCAAAACUAAUC